UCGCAACCCCCAUGCGCGAACACACCCUGCACGGCCGCCAGGAACGUUUCCGCGAGCGCCGUGUGCCACGCGCGUUCCCUCGACCCCGUUUCGCUCGGCGAACGGCCCGGAAUUGCUCCGUCGCGGUUGACAUUCUUGCCUCUGCCCGGCAGGGUGGAUUUAAAUACCUCGUCCACGCGUUAACGAUUCUAAUCCGAGAAGCGAUUCGCAGUGUUCGGGGAAGGAAGCCCGUAGAGGAAAUUGUCCGCCUACCCUAACGCGCUCGAGUGCAUUGGGAUCGCGCGGAUUGACACUCGUGCGAGACAGAAUUUUCGAUCGUACGUUUUGUACGCGCGAAUGAUUUGUGCGCUAGACGAAUGAAUCGCGCGGUGUAUUCGCAGUCUCGAAUACGUUGCUCUCUGAAAGACGAGCGACUGGACUCUCGGCGCUCCUUGCUCUGAGGCUGGUCGGAGCCUCGCGUACGUUCCUGCGAGCGACGCGGUGCGAAUACGCGCACGUAUACGGGCAUCCCGCAGAAUGUUUUAUUUAUGCCGUCGUCGCGAUAUGCGCCGCGAGUCACGUCGGGGUUACAUGGUGAACGGAGCCGAUCGGCGUCGGAGACGCUUCCGCGUUGUCGCCCGUACGCCCGAUUAUGGCAGCUCGUAGCGAUUUCACCCCAAGGACAAUGAAUUCAUGGUGGAAUCAACGGGGGGUCAAUUAUUCUGUAGCGAAAAUGCCAAAAGAUUAUGGAGGGUGGCGGCGCAGGCGGGGAAGCGGGCGGGCCGCACAACGCCCAGCAGGCGGGCGCCAGCAAGAAGCUGCAGCAGACGCAGGCCACCGUGGAGGAGGUCGUGGGCAUAAUGAAGGUCAACGUGGAGAAGGUGCUGGAGCGGGACCAGAAGCUGUCGGAGCUGGAGAACCGCGCGGACGCCCUGCAGCAGGGCGCGACGCAGUUCGAGCAGCACGCCGGCAAGCUGAAGCGGAAGUACUGGUGGAAGAAUCUCAAGAUGAUGCUGAUCCUCGGCAUCAUAUGCGUCGUUAUCUUAAUCAUCAUCAUUGCCUCGGUUGUGCCAAGUUCGUCCUCGGACAGCUCCGAUAAUUCUCCGAAAUGAUAGCGUUGUACCAAAGGCAAGAGACGCGCGGUGUCCGUACCGAUCGACCAUCCUCUCACUUAGGAUAAGUUAUAUAAAUAUAUAUAUAUAUAUAUUUUUUGGUGAAGUACGUACACACGGGGGACCGCAAAAGAGCCGGACGAAGCGUGAACGUGAAUGCCUGCGCACACGUCGUCCGCACACACGAAUUGGGAACAAAGAGAACAUAUUUUUUGAGACUUAUUGUUGCAUCGAAGCGCACACGAUUAUUAGACUAACAACCAGUAUUAAUACGGGUGGCCUUCCUCUCUUGUUUUUUUUUUAAAGAAGCAAAAUGAACACUGGGGUAUUCUUACGACGUUAAUCUUGUUACAGCGCAACGCUUAUAUUAUAAAUUAUACAUAAUAUAUAAUGUUUGUACAACUCUU